AUGCGCGUAAUGCUUCUCUGCUACUCGUUUGCCUUCUCUUCCAGUCUUCCGGAGAUUCCACUAUUCACGUCUGCACUUCUCGCUUCUGGUUUAACUACCGGCACAUGGCCAAUACUCUGUCCUUUUAUAGUCAAGAGACUUGGAACACCAGAUGAAAGGAUAAUACUAAUGCUGGCUGAUGAUAUGGCCUGUAAUGCUAGAAAUGAAUAUCCUGCUCAAGUUUUCAACAAUGAACAUCACAAACUUAACCUGUACGGAGAUAACGUUGAGGUAGAUUAUCGUGGGUAUGAGGUUACAGUUCAAAACUUCUUGCGGGUUUUGACUGGGCGUCAUGAGAAUGCUGUUCCAAGGUCAAAGCGUCUCCUCAGUGAUGACUGA